UCACUGACGACACGCACACACCCCUACGAUCCUACCCGCCACUCCACUCCCGUCUUUCGAGGUUCAGGACCGGCCGGAGUAGAGCAAUGAAGGCCGUCGCCAGCCACCAGUACCACGGCGUCCGUCCACCCUCGCCGACGCCGGCGACUAAGAUCUCCAUUCCCGUCUCCGCCGGCGGGGGCGCGGAGGCGGCGCUGCUCGGGAAGGGGCGGUACAAGGCGUGGGCCCUCGUCGCCAUCGCUCUCCUCGCGCUCUGGUCCAUGUUCGCCGCCUCCGUCACCCUCCGCUGGUCCUCCGGCGACCUUGCCGCCGUCCCCUGGGACUUGAGUAGUCCCCUCCUCGACGACCUCGACCCGCUCGAGAUGGAGGAAAGGGAGAAACUAGUGCGCCGGAUGUGGGACUUGUACACGCGCACUGGUGAUCAUGUAUGGCUUCCACGGUUCUGGCAAGAAGCAUUUGAGGCUGCAUAUGAGGAGCUUGCUGGUGAUGAUACACCUGCAAGUGACGCAGCUGUAUCGGAGAUUGCUCGCAUGGCAAUUCACAGGCCUGAGCUUGAGCAGGCACGUAAUAAUAAUUAGCGCUGCCUUUACCUUUCUUAAGUUCAUUGCUACAGCCGAGACCAAAACUGAGAUGGAUUACACAAUGAGGGCUGCGAUUGCUACUCCAAUUAUGUGCUCACUGGUUAGAUUAUUGAUUGUAGUCUGCAACUUCUCAACUCUGAGAGAGCAUUCAGUAGUGGGUGAAGUGUAGGAAGAUCAUAUGACAAAUGAUGUGCAAAUAAUUAUGCAUAUAUGGGAUGUUAGACUAGGUGCCAUGUGUAAUUUCAUUAAAUAAAUCGAAACACCAUGCAUGGUAUCUUCUACUCCCUCUGUAAACUAAUAUAAGAGCGUUUAGAUCACUAAAGUAGUGUUCUAAAUGCUCUUAUAUUAGUUUACAGAGGGAGUAGUUAUCAGCAGUUCUGGCAGGUGAAUAUUGUGCUCGAAGGUCAUUCUGAUUUUGUAUUUUUUUCCCUACUGCCAAUUUGGAAUGUUGGUUUUCUUGUGUACUCAACAUUAGAGCACCACAAGGAUUGGGCCCAGUCUUUAAUGCUGGAUUACAGUUGUUUUUGUCUCCAUCCGAAGGACUUUGAAAUUGUUAAGGAGUAUUAGCAUUCGUGACUCCAAGUCGAAUACUAAUACUGCUUACCAGAAAUAGACUAAAUAUACUUGUAUGUAGUUUUAACUUUCCAUGAAGAUUUGCAGCAGGUUCUGAAAUCUUGAUUGUAUGGUCUAACGAGUCAUUUCAUAGGUGCAUCCAAGCCCACUGGAUCUGAACCUGGUUGUAACUUGAGGAGAUGUGUCUUUCUCUUGCAUCAGUUUUUGUGCUCCACUUUAGUACACAAAUAUUAUAAGAUGGGUAGAGGUCUAGAGGAUGAAACAUGUGGCAGUCGUUUUUCCUCUAGCUAUAUUAUCAUGGUGUACUGGACUACUGGUACAGCACUGUCCCAUUUCAGUUACCAUCCGAUUUUAUUUACUUUAGUGCAUCACUCACUAGAACUAGAACUAUCAGUUCCGUGCAACCUUACUUGUUUGGAGGCAUCAUCAAUCACUCGUCACAAACUUGUGAGCUGGCAAUCUGGUUUAACUAACUGGUUACUAUGAGUAUCUAAACAGGAGGAUGUAUGCUGACUUUCUCAGUUUCCAAUCAUUUCUUCCCUAUCUUUCU